AUGCCAGAGCGUUAUGUCACCAUCGAACGAAACGGUCCGCUUGCACUCGUACGAUUUGAUCGCAAAAAGAAUCUGAACGCUUUUGACAGCCAGCUUAUUCUUGAGCUCACCGACGUUGCCAGGUCGUUCCACGAUGACCUGGACACCAGAGCCGUUGUACUGACCGGCUCAACCGAUUAUUUCUCGGCCGGCGCUGAUCUGGAAGACCUGGCUUCCCGCAAUGACCCAAACCUUUCCGACCUGGAAAGGCGGCAGAUAUUCUAUCGCGGCGGCAGGUUGUGCGAUGCCUGGGAGUCCAUGCCACAGAUCACCAUCGCGGCUAUGGAACGACUUGCAGUCGGUGCCGGUGUAGCUUUACCGCUGGCAUGCGACUGGCGGGUGAUGGGAAAAAGUGCCUACCUCUACGUACCCGAGGCUAAAAUCGGCCUGAAUCUGCAGUGGGGGGCGCUGCCUCGACUGAUAAACCUUGUUGGGCCAGCCCGUGCCAAGCGCAUAUGCCUGUUGUGCGAACGUAUGGAUGCACAAACCGCGCUUAACUGGGGGCUUAUUGAAGAAAUCGCGGCUGACGGAGAAGCGGCAGAUGUGGCCAUGGAACUUGCGCGUCGGGUUGCAGAAAUUCCACCGGUAGCAGCCAGUAUGAUUAAGGAAGCGGUCAACUCCACGACGACUGCGCUCAAUCGCAUUGCCAGUUACGCCGAUGCAGACCAGAGCCAGCUCAGCGCAGCAACCAAAGAUGCCCGUGAAGCCAGCGACCGUUUCAAUAAAAAGUAG